AUGGCGUGCAAGUUGCUCAUGACCUACUUCUUGAUGAGCCCCGCGGCAGUCUGUGCAGGCUGGCCAUGUCUGGUGUUUCCCUUGUGGGGGGUGGCCCCAACUGUCGGACUUGGAGCAUCCUGCGGGGGGUUCCCCAAGCCGGGGGCGCCGAUCCCAAGAAGAGGUGAGUGCAUUUGGGGUCUGGAAGCCAAUUCCACAACCGACCAAGAGGAUACCGACAAUGACAGUGUUCUGCUCCUGCGGCAAAUGGUGCUCACCUCUCUUGCCCAGUGGGGAUAUCGGACCAGGUCCGGAACUGAUUCCGUCCUUCCAUCGUUCCUGGAUCGCAAGUGCUCCUCCAUCUGGGUGACCCCAGCUGUAACAGAUUGGAUUAGGUCGCUUGGCCUUUCUCUUGUGCAUUUUGACCAGUGUAUGCUGGGUCAAGUGGCUAAGAAGUCCACUACCAUUGCAACAUCCCUGCCGCCCUGCCACUGCUUCAUUGGGACGGUUUGCGCUGCUCGCGCCAUUUUCCUGGCUGAGCAAAAGUCUGUUAGUGCCAAGAGGCCCAAAACAGCCCAGAAGGAGGGACUGCCCUCGUACAAGACAGCGUCCCCGGGUGCCGGAGGAUGCACCAUCAGAGGCCCGGGGUGGAAGGGCACCUCUGUUGCAACCCCGGAGUUUCCUCCUCGUCCGCCUGGACAGGACGUUGGAUCUUCUUUCGGAGACCGUGUGGAUAACGCACGGCUUCAAGACACGUCCCAUCCGGGACGGACGUGGAAAGCCGUCUCCAAGGACUUCGUGCCGGCCUUCCAACUGUCAUUGUCGGAAGGCUCCAAGCAUCACCCUUUUCUGCAGGAGGCUCAGGAAAAGAUUAGGUUCCCUUAUGAGAAGGUCAUGCCACUAAAGUCUGCAACUGUAGACCAGCAGACCUCUGCCCUGUCCGAUCGAUGGUCCUCCAAGUCAGAAUGGGAGUGGCCAUCCCAGUCCGACAAGUGGGUUAUCCUCAAGGCGGACGUCACCAAAGCGCGCAGGAGAAUCAAAGUACUACCAGAUGAAUGGAAGUACCAAGUCGCUGAGCUGCAGGGUGAAUGGUUUGUCAACAUGUUGGCAGUUACGGCAUGGCGAGUGCCCAGUUGUACUGGGGUAGACAGGCGGCUCCCUCCUUCGCACCCUGUACGCAGUCUUCCCGUGGGUCGACUGGUCUUUGUCUUUGUAGAUGACUAUGCUUGGCUUCUCCGUGCCGACAAUGCCACCCUGUUUGCUGUUGGCAUCUGCCUUCUUCUACUGAGUCUAGGAGUCCCGCUUAGCUGGAAGAAAACACUCCUUGCGGAGGUCAAUACGUGGGUAGGUUUUGUCAUCAAUCCAGUGGGCCCAGUUGUACAGAUGGCCAAAUCCAAACACCUUUUGGUCAUGGAGGCGCUUCAAGACCUUGCUGAGGGUAAGGUCAUGUCUGCAGCUCGUAUUGCUAGUGUGCUGGGCCGCGUCCAGUGGGACGAGGUCUUCUGGUUCCACUACCAGGUCACCAAGGAGAAGCACCCCUGGGUCUUUGAGAAAGAUGACCCCAAGCGCCGAAUUGGCGCACUUGAAAUGUUUGGCUCACUCCUCCUUGCGAAGUUCCUCACUUUGAGGGAUGACACUGGGGUUCCAAACCUCCGCAUCCCCAUGGUCUCCGACAACCAGGGUAACAUCUACUCGAUGCUGAACCAAAAGACACGGAAGCUUCACACUGCCCUGUUCCUCAUGGAGCUCAUCCUCCAGAUCCACGGAGCAGGACUACAACUGGCACCGUCUCAUGUGAAGCGGCGUUUCAAUACGUGGGCUGAUGAACUCACCCACCCAAAUUUCGUAGGUUUUUGCAGCGAAAUGGAAGUGUCUGUCGAAUCAGUACUUUUACAGUUCUCCCUUUUAAAUACUGUUCUCUACGGUUCUACACUGCUCCUCUAG